GAGCAAAGCAUGACUUGAAUAAUAUUCAUGUGCAGUCGUAUUGGUCGUCCCUAAGCCUACUUAACCCUACAUGAUCAUCAAAUCAUCUCCAUCUUCAAUGCGCUGCAGUCGAAUAUUCUCCCUCAUUACGAGCGAAUAAUUGCGGCAGGCACAAAGCGAUAUCAAGAUGGUGGAAGGAGCUGCACUACCGUUCCAGCAGCAAGACCCUUCGCUGGUGGAUCCGGAGUCAGGCACGAUCUCCCCUGCUUUGACACACAAUUUCGAUGACCUCGUCCGUUUGAUUGAGCUCGCAAACAAAAACUACAAGGUUCGCACCCAAUCGCUGGAUGCGCAGGCCGCCCGGGACUACCAGCUCGAUUUGGACCAAAGGGGAUGGAAGGUUCUGACUGUAGUGUUAGUGUACGAUUUCGCGAAGAGUUCUGUAGUAUCUGAAAAGCAAGUGCCAUUGGUCAUCAUCACGAAACAAUCUUCUGCUUCUUUUGUGUCUCGAUGCAAUGCAACAAGUACUUACGUGGCUAUGGGUAUGGCUACUCGCAUGAUCUUCGUUGCUUCGUCUUCACACCAGGUCCUCAUACCCAUUGGCACAGACGAGUAUGGCUUAGUUGCUCAUAGCCCGAACAAAAGUCUCAUCGUUCUUGCGUUCGCCGGAUCCUGUGGGCAGACCGAUUGGGAGACGAAUCUGCACUGCCGUGCGACCUACUCUGAGCGGCACCGCGGAGACGUUCACACUGGGUAUCUAGCACGGUACGACGCACUACGAGAUCAGCUGCUUCAAGUGCUCGCCUCGCUGCAAGGAGCUGUCACGCAAGCCACGAAAAUUUUGGUCACCGGUCACUCCUGUGGCGGAGCGGUCGCGCAGCUGGCACUGGGCGAAGUCGUAAGAAAGACGAUACAUAGCUAUGUCUAUUGCAGCAGCAGAAUGAAUUUGUGCAUCCCUUAAUGCGAAAAGCAAAGGUAGACAUGGAAACUGCAGGGCCUUGUGGUGAGUGCUUGUUUUUGUACACCUGGAAUAAAUGAUGUAACUAAAAUACUGCAGGUGUCUCUCUGCGCCAGCUCGUGGUUUGGUCGAGAAUGGAGCAACGUGCUGCAGCCGAAAGUUUUUGGCUACUUUCUGUCAUCUCCAAUGGCGGUGACCUUCGCUACUGGUGCCUACGAAUACCUGAACGCGAUCGUCGGCGAGAAGAACAUGGCGUCACAAUUUCCGGAGGGAGACCUGGUGAAAUGUUUUUUGUUUGUGUUUCAAGAGCCACGAAGAUAUCGAAGAUUAUAUGGAACAGAUUCAGAUACAGAUGUAGGAAAAUAAUUUGGCUUUGGUUUUGGAGGUGAGCGUGUGUGUGUCUUUGACUUUGACAGUGAAAUUGUACGAAGGAAAGUAGCGAAAAAUCUCUUCAGGUCGCCGCCACGGGCUGGGACGCAACGAUUCAGGGCCUGCUUCGUAAACUUUCUCAGACGAAGGAAACCGACGCGGCGGCCAUGGAUCUCUUUGAGCAGUUGCAGGGGAUCACGUGGGUGCAGGAGCUGCAGUAUUACCGCCCCCUGGGCCGGUUUCUCGUCCAAACCGUCUCCGGCGGGAUGGUCUUGCAAAAAGACUUCGGUAAUGGGGCAAGUGCGUCAAUGAUGUCCGCAACGCCGCCAAGUUCUAGCGUCGCUGCAGCAGGGAUGGGCAACGAAGACAGCAAUAAAGCUGCUACGGAGCAGCCACUUGAUCCGGAUGACCUCUACGUGUGGGACACGUUUCGGCAGGCUCUUGCCGACUGCGGACUAGCUGCGCAUCUUGGCGGCCGCAACAGCGAGCGCGAGUUUGUCCGGUGGAUCACCGAACCGCCUUCGGUCAGUAUCGUGAGAAAAAUGUGUUACAGUUACACAGUCUCAUGCAAAACAAGCAAGACAGACAACCUCUGUCAUGCAGAAAACGCUUGCCAGCGUCAUUUCAUUCGUGUUUUCCCUUCUAGUCUGCGCAUUACAAGUUGUCUCUCUCAUGCAGAGAAAUUUGUGUUGCUGAAUUCACUACAAAUGUGUAACUGUAACACUUUUUUCUUGUGAUAGUCAGUCUGCUGGAGAAGGGGAACCGGUUGUGGAGUGACUGGAACGCGAAAACGGAAGAACGUGCGGAAAAAUUACCGCCGAUGCCAGCAACGGUCUUCGCCGAAGCGGGUGCAUCUUCAUCGACUUCCACGCCGUCCCGAGUGGAAGUUGGCGGAGGUCCUCGCCGUCUUCUCGCGUUUCAAAGUCCGAUGUUGCAGGUGCCGCCAGUUGUAGCGCCAGUAGUAGGUGCUGCUGCCGCUGCUGUGGCACCCUCUCCCCUGCGCAGCAUGAUGUUCGUGCCUCAACAGGCACAACUGCCCGCAGCGGCAUCGCCUUGGAACGGCGCAACAGCAGCUCAACAGCUACAGCAACUACAAUACCAGCAGCCUGCCGCACCUGCGAUCCCAAUAUCGGCGGGAUCGCUUGGCAAUACAAUCAGACCAGUUGGAGUUAGUGCCCUAGUAGGGUCUCAAGUUCCCGGAGCUGCCUCCACAUCAGCAUCAGCCUCAGAAUCUGCGCCAAAUCAACAUGUUGCACAACACCAGCAGCCGCAUCCGAUAGCCGCUCCCGGACCACCUGCAGGAGCGCAGCCCGUAGCUCCUACCCCGUUUCAGCAGAGCGGACCUGCUCCUCAAGCUCACCCGUCAUUUAUGACGACCAGGCCGCACGCCAUGGGACGAGUCGAGCUCGCAGCUCCUACUUUGCACAUGCCCUCGCAGCUACAUGAAUCACUCCCACAACCACAGGCACAGAACCAACCUCAAGCAGUCGCAUUCCCGCAGCACCCCGGGCUGACGAAACCGCAGAUACAACCCCCGGAGGUGAAAAAGGCGAAACUUCGCAAGUUCGUCUUCGUGGAUCCAGCGACGGCGAACGAGGACACGAAGGGAACCACCGUCACGACAACCAGCGAAGAAAGAAACGGAAUAAACGGAACAACAGUACCGCAAGACCCCGACGCUGGCCUCGUCGAGCAACCGGCUGCUCUCGCACCGGAGCCACACGCUCCGCCUGUUUUGUUUGCGCCCGAAGCUGGUGGGACUGCUGGUAUGUCUGCAACAACAGGGCCUUCUUCCGCAUUAUCAGCCGCGGAGGCUUACCGCCAGCAACUAGCAGCGGUAGUUGCAGCGCCCGCACGAUCACCUGGGGGAGGUCCUCCGAACGUCGGAGCAGUGUCAUCAAGUCCCGCUGAAGCCGCGGCCAGUAUUAAGCAGGCCUUUCUUGCGUCGUUCGCGAAGCCUGCCUACGUACCACCACUACAAGGACUGCAGGUAGUUCGAGCUUUUUCUUUUCGUUUCUUCUUUGCGUUUUCGGAUUUGUUGAGUCGGUAUGCGCCGUUCCCGCCGCUCUAGGAUGUAGAUGUCCGGACUUGAUGCGCUUGCAUCUUCCCGAUCCCUGACCAGUAUUGCGCAAUUUGUUGUAUAUUAUGUUGCCCACUUUUCAUCUACUACUGCGCUUCUCAGUUGCCGUCUACGAUCGCGCCGAAUGUUGGAAAGGUGCAAGCGAUGCUUCCUACAUUUCGCGAGAAAUUGCAGGCAAACCAGCGCUACUUCGCUUCGCCAACGUAGCAAUCCAAUUCGGCGGUAGAGAAGAUUUCUUGUAGGAUGCUUUCUUCUAACAACGAUGGAUGACGGAUGACGCUGAAUGAAACCUGAAGAAAGACAAAAAGAAAAACACGGUAAGCAUUUAGAGAAAAAGAAAUUCGCCAAAAACGAGGACACUUGCUUCGUGCUCUUCUUGCACCGUUAGCGAAAAACACGUUUCCAGUUUCUCGCCCGUUUCUGGCGAUUCGAGAAUUGAAGUAUGAAAUAC